CAAGAUGAUAAGACCAGGUGCCUGAAUUAAGCUAAGGUCUUUAGAGUAUACAACGCUAUAGCAGUGAGUCUCGUCGACAAUGAUGGUGUUGAGAGUCGUGUUUGUCGUAGCCGUUGUUGUGGGUGUUGUGUCCGGCGCCGCAGUGUGCAGUGACUGUGACGGGCCCGAGCCGGUGGAAGUCGUGACCUACUAUGAGUCGAUGUGCCCGUUCAGUAGGAAGUUUCUGACAACACAGCUGUAUCCAACGAUGAAACUCCUCCCCGACAACGUGAUGAACGUCACCAUCGUACCCUACGGCUUCGCCCACGAGAAGGAGGAGAACGGCAAGUGGGUGAUGUACAACUGUCAACACGGACCUUCCGAGUGUGUCGGGAACGCCAUCGCCGCUUGUGUUCUGAACAUGACGUCGUACGAAUCCCGGGAGUACAUGCCGAUGAUCAACUGUAUGGAGGUGAACACGAGGCACGGACAUCAGAUGGAGGCUCUCAGUAAGUGCGCCCUGGCGAACAACAUGUCUGAGCCUGAGAUUCUCACAUGCUACAACAGUACCGAGGGAAGUCAGCUCCACUACCAGAUGGGACAGAUCACCCACGCCGGCCACAUCCACUACGUGCCCCACAUCAACGUCAACGGUCAACACAGCAAAGUGAUCCAGUACAACGCCUACAACCACUUGCUGGAGGUGGUGUGUCAGCUCUACAAAGGACCCGAGCCUGCAGCAUGCAAGGCGAGGCAACAAGCAACACUAGUGGGGUAGCCGCAUCAGGAGAAGGUGCAGCUAUCCGUCUAUAAUGUCUAGGGUAGUACUUGUCAUACCUCACAUACAUAACGACACUAUACCUAAUUAAAUCAAGGUAUAAUGCCGUCCAUGUUACGACGAUAAUCACAAAAAUAUACGUAAAAUGACCAUCUUCAUCACAACGAAGUGAACAGGGUGAAUGAAAAUUCAGAUGUUGAUAAGGAUGAUGUUGAAGUUGCUGCUGCUGCUACUGCUGCUGCUGAUGAGUCUGUGUCACGAUUGAAAUAAUGAUGGCGAUACUUGUGAUGAUUAUCAUAAUAGUUGUGACAUUAUCAUAAUAAAUGUGACGACGACGUUGAAAAUUAUGAUAGUGAUGGGGAUAAAAACGAUAACGAUGAUUUAAUUUGACGUCAACGAAGAAGUUGGAGACGAUGGGGAACGCCGGUGAUGACGAGGCAGACGAUCGGGAUGAUGCUUCAGUUUUGAAGACAUUCCAAUUUGUGCUAUUGUAGAUCUACAUAUAGGAGUAUUGUCACAUCAGAGCUCCAGCCUUUCGUACACGUGUAGGUCUACAACCCUUCAAGACAAUGGCGAGACUGGCUGGAAAUAAUGGUAUACAUGGUUUUCUGUCUACCUUCACUUUCAAACUAUGUGACACUUUAUUGAAGGAUAAGACUUAAGACUAAGACCGUUCUUUACAAUAUUUUAUUGCUAUGGAAAAGGUGUUCCAUCUUUGUUCGUUUUGCAUGUGAGGUAUAAUGCUACACCAUAUAUGCUGAUAAACCGGUCUCACACACCAGA